UGGGGUGAUGAAAAAGGGACCAAAGAAAAAUUCCAUUGCUAACCUCCAAUGAAAAGCACCAGAUGAGGGGCAUCUAACUACACAGUGAACAGCCUAAAAAAAAAUUCUGUUUAGAUCCAUGAAUUAAGAGUGGACAUCAAUUUUUUUACAUCCUUUUGAUUUCAAACUCAACUGAUUGUUUUAUAGUAAAAAAAGUAUGACAUCUAUUUUAGCUGACUCCAGUAAAUCCAUGAGGACUGACAGGAAUACUUAUGUUGGAAAUAGGUUUGUCCAUGUUAAAAACCCUCAUCUGGAUUCUAUGGAUGAAGACAUCCUUUACCAUUUGGAUUUAGGAACAAAGACACAUAACCUUCCAGCCAUGUUUGGUGAUGUAAAGUUUGUCUGUGUCGGAGGGAGCCCCAACAGAAUGAAAGCUUUUGCGCUGUUUAUCCACAAAGAACUUGACCUUGAAGGAAACGAGGAGGCUAUACAAGACAUUUGUGCUGGGUCAGACAGGUACUGCAUGUUCAAAACGGGUGCAGUGCUCUCAAUCAGUCACGGCAUGGGCAUCCCUUCCAUUUCAAUUAUGCUGCAUGAGCUCAUCAAACUCCUUUACCAUGCAAAGUGUUGUGAUGUGACAAUCAUCCGCAUUGGCACAUCAGGAGGAAUAGGGAUUGAACCUGGGUCUGUUGUUAUAACGGACACAGCUGUAGAUUCCUUCUUUAAGCCCCAGUUUGAGCAGAUAAUCCUUGACACUGUGGUUACUCGAAGUACAGAGCUCGACAAGGAAUUGGCCCAAGAAUUAUUCAAUUGCAGUAAAGAAAUUCCAGGCUUUCCUACACUCAUUGGACAUACAAUGUGUACCUAUGAUUUCUAUGAAGGACAAGGACGACUGGAUGGAGCAUUGUGCUCUUUUUCCAAUGAAAAAAAGCUUGAUUAUUUACAGAGAGCUUAUGAAGCUGGCAUCAGGAAUAUUGAAAUGGAGUCAACUGUGUUUGCUGCCAUGUGUGGUCUUUGUGGGCUAAGAGCUGCUGUUGUCUGUGUUACCCUUCUCAACAGACUUGAAUGUGACCAGAUCAACUUGCCCCAUGAAGUGCUACUAGAAUAUCAGCAACGCCCUCAGCAUCUGAUCUCAAUCUUCAUUAAAAAGCACCUUGGACAACACAGCCUAAAGUAAUUUGCAGGCAAGCAAACCAUCCCUCAGAUUUUCCAAUUACAUGCAAAUUCCAUUUUGAAGGCAGGCUUAAAGGAAACCAAUGACAACCCCCAACUUAAAUGUCCAAUUGUGAUUUUUGGUCUUGGUACAAAACCCAAACCAGGCUCACACUGAAAUGUACUAGCCAUUUUGUAGAUACGAUGAUUACCAGUCAAUCUAUUUCUGAAACCCAUCCAGACCUUCAUGUUAGAACACGGUCAGACCAUCUUAAGAAUUGGACAAGUUUCAGCAGUUGAGCACACAUGUUCAAAAUAUUUACCUACUAAAUGUAAGUUUAAUAUGGAUCUACAUGGAGAAAUCAUCCUAGGGAAAUGAGUUUCAUCACUUUGUUUCCAUCUGUGGAGUUUCAGAAAAUUAGAGUGGGAAUUCAAAACCUAGGUAGUUAUUUUUAUGUUGGUGAUUUUAUUUCAAAACAAAAGUAGUUUGAGUUUCAUAUUUAUUUCUAAAAGGAAAGAAGUAAUGGGGUGUAGUAAGGUGGGGGAAUAUUUAAUUAUCUUUAUAAAGCUAAACUAUCAUUUAGUAUUCAGAGUUUGUUGGAUUUACAUUUUUAUUUCAGAGAAAAAUGACCAAUUUAAUGAAGAAAUUACUAGAAACUGAAUUUGGAAUUGAUGUUAAAGUUACAUCUUUUGUAGAAUAUUAUAGCACAUUUUUCUCAGCACCUACAUGAUACCUCAGUAGUGGGCUUGGCCCUCCAGGAGGCACCAUGUCUCUUUCAGGCUGUUCAGUGCACUGGAAUAAUCAUCUAAGCCUUUGGUUCUUUUCCAAGGUGGCAAGUGCAAGAAGGGGCCAGUGUGAUGGGGAAUGAGCAUAGGGAAUGGUGGUAGGAUUAUAAACAAGGUAGUGGGUGAUUUUUGUACAUACAUGACUUGUACAUUUAUUUCUGUAUUAUAGGUCAAAUAAAGCUUUAAUUAUGGUCUCAUACACUCACUAAUGCUUUUUAUUUAGAAGUAUUUUUCAUAUGAGGCAAAAACAUGAUUGGAGGAAAAACACUGUCAGCUGUCAGAUAUUCUCAUGGAAGAGUUGAUGGUCAGUGUGAUGUAGAAAGAAUACUGGUCUUGGACUCAGUUGACUUAGGGUCUCAGUUGUGGUCUUGACCCUUACAAAUUGUGUGAUUCUAGACAAGCUGCUAAACUUCCCUGAACAUGUCUCCCUAUCUGUAAAAUGGGGUUAAUGUCUGCAAAAACACCUCAUGGUUUUGUUGUGAGGAAAGCAUAUUGUAAAUCUUUAGGUAGGGUUUUGUUCGUUUUUUGUUUUUGAUGGAACCUUCCGACUUGAAAGCAGUGUAAAAUAAAGGACCCUGUUCUGGGUAGCUCUGUUGUAUUAACUAACUUUUGGUCUCAAAGAAUUGAUCUUAAACUGUAAGCAAUAUUUCACUUUUCCAUCAAUUGUCUCCUCCAAAAUGACUCCAAGAGAUUCCUUCACCCUGUCCACUGGAUUCUUGGGAAUUCCCCAGAUAAGAGAAUAGGUAAGGGGGCAGCUGAGUCCUUUCCUUGGUACUUCUACUUGGAGGAAGGGAGUGGUGAAGGACAAAGGAAUGGCUUAUAGUUCUGCUAUAUAGUAUAGCUUAUGGAGUAAAACACAUGCUAAACAUGUUUGUUACAUAAAAAUUCCCAAAUAACUCUCUCCUUCCCUCCCUUCUCACAUUAGAGAAGGCAUCAUUUGACAAAAAGAUAUGUCUAUAUACAACUAUGUCUUGCUUAUUUCUUUUUUUAUCAGUUCUUUUUCUGUAGGCGGGCAUACACAAGUUAUUCUUCAAAAAUAUUUCUCUUGCUAAACAGUGAAAAAUUUUCUAGCAAUUUUCUCUGACAAAGGUCUCAUUUCUCAAAUAUAUAAAGAACUAAGUCAAAUUUAUAAGAAUGCAAGUCAUUCCUUAAUUGAUAAAUGGUCAAAGGAUAUGAAUAGGCAGUUUUUAGAUGAAGAAAUCAAAGCCAUCAAGAAUAAUCAGAUGAAAAAGUAUUCUAAAUCUCUCUUGAUUAGACAAAUGCAAAUUAAAACAACUCUGAGAUUCCAUCUUACAUCUAUCGUAUUGGCCAAUAUGACAGUAAGGGGAAAUGAUAAAUGUUGGAGAGAAUGUGGCAAAACUGGGACACUAAUGCAUUGCUGGUGGAGUUGUGAACUGAUUCAAGCAUUCUGGAAGGCAAUUUGAAACUGUGCCGAAAGGGCUAUAAAAGAAUGUAUAUCUUUUGAUCCAGUAAUACCACUACUAGGUCUGUAUCCCAAAGAAAUUUUCAAAAAUGAGAAAGACUUGUUUGUACAAAAAUAUUCAUAGCUGCUCUUUUUGUGGUGGCAAAGAAUUGGAAACUAAAGGGAUGUCCCUCAAUUGGGAAACAGCUGAACAAAUUGUGGCAUAUAAUGAUGAUGGAAUACUAUUGUGUUAUAAGAAUGAUGAACAGGAUGAUUUCAGAAAGAGCUGGAAAGACCUGCAUGAACUGAUGCAGAGUGAAACAAGCAGAACCAGGAGAACAUUAUACUCUGUAACUGCAAUAUGGUAGAAUGAUCAAAUGUGACAGACUUUUCUAAGAACAACAAUACAAUGAUCCAAGACAUUUCUGAGAGACCUAUGAAAAAGAAUGCUAUCCAACUCCAGAGGGGGGAAAAAAACUGUUAGAGAAGAAAUUCAGAUGAAAACAUAUUACUUGUUUAUUUGGAUAUUUGU